CUGGUACUCAGACCAUUCCACUUUCUGCAAACCCGGUCGAUCAUAUCCUCUGAGGUCCUUUCUGACCGAGUAGCAUCUUGCAUGAAACUCAGUUCUCCCCCAAUCAUGUCGCUGUCGCAUUUCACAAACGUUCCGCUGACGCUUCGAUUGCAAUGCCGUUUUCAUUGACUGCAUAUUCCGUGGCGACCGACAAGGCCUCAAUCCAUGGCCAACAUGUCUACUGCAGCCACCAUCACCACUUAAUAUUUGAUCCUACCGCCCUGUGGCCACCAUUGGCCAGAGACAAUCCCAUCAGCAAAUUUCCCGAGUCUCCUUUCCGAUUGGCUCAGCCGACUGUUACUCCCCUGUCCAGCGCUUCGGUCGUCGCUCAACUGCGUAUGCGCUCCUUGCACCCAGCAUCCGACGCAAGGCAUGGAUGUGAACAGCAUUGCGUCUGUCCAGAAUCCUCACGACAGCGCUCUGAAAAUCGAUCCCGUCGUUCGUUCCCAAACCCUCGACCUGUCCCAAACCUCGCACCUACCCAAUGAUCCUCUACGCUCGCCGCAAUCAGUACAUGUCAUCUCUUCGCUGAUCGACUCCUUAAGCGCAAUACCCGGUGCUCCAGCGCAAGAAGAGAAGCAGGACAUACACCGUUUUGAAGACGACUACGAUCCUCCUGCGUCACCUCCCGUACAAGAUGCUGAUGAGCUAGACCGCAACCUGAACGACCCCAUUGCGGACGAUCGCAGUGAUGGAGAAGUCGCAGCCGCGCCAGUAAUUCGUUACGCGAGGAGACCGCCACCAUUAUCAAAAAGAUCAAGCAAGUCGAGGCUCUACUCGCUCAACAUGACUCAAUCAGGUUUGGGUCCUCGAACCUCAUCCCAGAGUCUCAAGUCGCUCGCAGAGACCGAGUCCGUGGGAGUUCCCAGCAUCGAGAGACGGCAUGGCUCGAGCGCUAGCUCAACGUUUUCUAUAAUCAGCGGCAUGAGUGCCCUACGGCGAAGGCCGACCGCCGAAUCAAUUCGAGACAAUGCUACAACGAGGCCAAUUCCUCCGAUGCGGAUCUCGUCAUCGGGCAGGCGAAAAAAGACCGAGUCGCUCUACAGUAUGGAGCAUGAGAAGGAGAACAGAUUCCCCAAACGAUCAUCCUCAAUAGAUGGGUACUCUCCAGGUGCGAUGCAACAAGAUCCUUUGAACGGCGAGAGUCCGCCUGUGAGCACACUGAAUCGCUUCAGUAGAGGUGACCUGGGUAACCAUUUGAUUCCUUCCCGCCGGUCAUCUCUCAGACGCAGUGUCACGGGACUGUCGGAGACGACACAUGAUUCCAAUCGUAUCUCAUCGCCUGUCCGGAAUCUGAAGGAGCUCAACAUUGAUUCGGAGUUGAUCGACGGCGAUAAUUCCACGGUCAGGAGAAUUCGCGAACUACAAGAAGCUCGAGAAAAGCGCCAGAAGGAAUGGCGGAAUGAGGCUCGAAAGUCUGAACGAGCCGCCAAAAGACACACAAUUGCUGCGCCCAAAAUGUCGUCUCAACGAACCAGUUCAUAUCAGAGUUCGAGGCUCUCUGUUACUGAGGUCGUGGUCGAGUCGCCAGAAGUGGAAAGUCCCCUUGCGUUAUCAGCCACUGUCAACGCAUCCGAUCUCGCUAAUAUGCCAGCAUUAGUCCCUGCUGGCCCUAAUGGCGAAAUGCUCACCCCAUACAAGGGCACAUCACCCGCAGCCUCCAGUCCAAAUAGUGCCGCUCCGUCCAGAGUGAACAGCACGUAUCGGAGUCCGGCUACUCAGACAAAGCGCAACUCCACGAAUGGUGCCGUCAAACAAGAACCCCCAUUGGCAGAGCUCAGGUCGAUCUCAGAUGAAGUGGACACGUUCCUUGGGGCGCCUCGGUUUACACAGAAGAUCAGACACCCACGCACAGGCCGGACGAUCGCAUUUUCGGAAGUUGGAGAUCCCCAUGGAUUCGUGGUCUUGUGCUGCGUCGGGAUGGGACUCACGCGCUACCUGACAGCCUUCUAUGACGAGCUUGCAAGGACGUUGAGGCUACGAUUGAUCACACCAGAUCGGCCGGGUGUUGGUGAAAGCUCGGCUGUCCCGGAGGCGUCUUGUACGCCCCUGAAUUGGGUCGACGAUGUGGCUGUCAUUUGCAGUUCUUUGGGCAUCACCAGAUUUUCUCUCCUUGCGCAUUCGGCUGGUGCUAUUUAUGCUCUCGCUGCUGCCUUGAAGAUGCCUCAAUAUGUACGAGGACGAAUACAUCUCUUGGCACCGUGGAUUCCACCGUCGCAGAUGCCCAAAGGAGCAGCACUGGGACCGGAUUCUCAGCCGAUUGCCAACUUGCCCUUCUCACACAAGAUCCUUAGCGUUCUGCCGGCACAAAUAUUGAAAGUGGCGAACUCUCGGUUUUUGACCGCGACAAGUGCGUCUGUUGACACAAAGCCUCUCAAGGCCAGGAAGAACAAGGGAUUUGAAAAUAUCGAGGCAUCUUGGGAUUAUGCUCUCGAUGACAUGGAAAAUCCUUUCAUUAACCCCUUGCCAGACAUGGAGGCAGGGAGACCUCAGACGGCGAACCCGGGUAGAGUCAGGAGCGUGUCGUGUUACCAAGCCAACAACGAGUCCCAAGACCUUGCAGCCGGACAUAACGCCUCGCCGCGCCCACAUUCUCGUCGACAAACCCAAUCCUCGUCAAAAGUGCAAAGCCCAAAUCCCACGCCAUUUUCACCCCGCUUGACUCCAGAGGCUCGUCAGACGUUGUAUAAUCAGACUCUCACGCAUCGUAUCUGGGCUCUUGCCACGCAUAAUGCAAAUCCGGCCAUUGAUUUAGUUGUCUGUCUCGAGCGAAGGAAGCCGAUUGGAUUCAGAUACCCUGAAGUCACGAGAUCCGUGGUGAUUCAUCAUGGCGCCAAGGAUACAAGAGUUCCGCUCGAUAAUGUGCGCUGGUUGCAGAGUGUGAUGAAGCGUUGCGAGUUGAGGGUUUUGGAUUCAGAGGGUCAUGGGCUGAUGGCGUCGGCUUCGGCAAUGGCUACGGUUCUGGGCGAGAUUGCGAAGGAGUGGGAGGAGUGGGAGAAGAUUGCAAAGGGAAAGGAGAAGAGGAAGAAAGAGGAGGCUCCGUCGACAUUUUCUAGGCCGCGGGUGUGAACUAUUGAAGAGUAAUGUAUUACUUUCCGGAUCGACAUGCCAGGCUGCGCAAGCAGAAGCAUAAGGUCAGGAGUGAUGCAUAGCGGUCGAAGGUAUAACAGUCUCUGAGGUCUGUUCCCCCUCCGGCCCUCAAAAUUGGCGAAGGGAUGGCCGAAUCAGGUGGCGACGGUGCUGGACAAAUGAUUGCGGCCCUGAGUCUUCAUACAUACCCAGGUGCCUCCGCGUACAGAGUCUCCUCAAAGCUUCGCCUGCGCCACAUAACAGCAGUGUACUACACCUGCGGAAGACCUCUAGGUGCUAUCGCCUUGAUUGACGGGGAUCAACAUCUUAUCUUCACCAAGAUUCAGCCGCGUCACUCACUGAGUCUCCCAAGCUCGUCGCAUACUCGAUGCCUAACACGUCCCUCGACCGGUACCUCUCAUUUGGCGGCAGCCGGUCACUGCUGCCUAAAUUCGAAACCCGUACCCACCAUGAUGCAUGGCAAAAGCCUAUCAUUGUGCAUCAAGCCAUGCUCAGGCCGUCAUUUCGCUGUUGUGUCGGGUGUUAUACACGUUAAAUCCGUCAACAUUCAUCCUAGCAGUAUGCCCUUGGAGCAUGUAUCAGGAUGAGGAUCGCCAGCAAUUGGGCGGACAGGUCCUGGCGAUGUAUCCUCGUCUGUUGAGAACCGCGUGGAACUAUCAAGUCCGGAACCCAAGCAAUUAAGCAAGAACAAAGUAGUUUAGGCAGAAGCUUGUGCUGGGUGUUGUAUAUCAGGAUAUGCUGGUGAGACUCUGAUGGGCUCUUCGGUCAUUCCGGAUUUUAGAGAUUCGACACUAAUGCCGCCUUUCACUCCACCAGACUCUGUAACAAUGAUAUCCGACCCUUGCUUGCGAAGUAAGAGAAGAGCAUAUAAUAAUCCAGCUUUGUUCCUCGAGCCUCUGACUGAAAUGUUCUACAGCGUGGCACUUGGAUUCUCACAACAAGGCGGUACAAUACUUCCUUGUGGCCAGCACUCGACAGGUCUCGGUAUUGGCAGAGAGGU